AUGCCGUCUCUAUCGGAGCAGCUGCAGGAGUUGCGGAGUCGUGCUGAAGUGUGUCUGUACUCUGGUGGCAGGGUAGUGGAGGUGCGGACUGGGGUGAUGGCCAUGGCUAAUCUGCCCUUACCGCCCUGCUCCAAAUACCACCAUAUUACUGCAGAGACCAUGGUCAUAGAAAACAGCUUUGGCAGCAACAGGAAAGAGACUCUUGCAUCUCUUCAGCGCUUCUCUACAGCACUGAACAUCCUGGAAAAGUAUGGCUGUAACCUGACAAAUCCCAACAGGCCAAAAUACUGGAGGACCGUGAAACACAACAACCCCGUGUUCAGGGCCACUGUUGAUGCUAUUCAGGGAGGACGGGCAGUACUCUGUCUCUAUGGUUACUCCAAUCAGCAGCCUGAUGGUCUGAGUUUCCCUGAUGAUGUCACAGAUCCUGAUGUUGGCAGAGUUGCUGCUGUAACAUUAGAAGUGAUGAGCCUGAGGAUGGAACUAGAAAUGCUUAUCAAGGAGGCUCAUCCCCAUCCGGAGUUCUAUGAAAGAAUAAUUCCUACACUGAGACACAAGGAUGUGGGUCUGAACACAGAUGCUGUGGUCUACCACGCCUCCUCUUUCUCCUCUACUUCAUGUCACUCAGAUGGUCAGACCAAGUCUCUAGCCUUCCCACUCCACCAUCACUCGGCUAAGGAAAAAAGCCAUGGCCAUUCCCUGUCCUCCAACCACCAAAGCCUCAGGUCUAUUCAGGUCUUUUACACAUCCCCAAACAAACACCCAGAGAACUGCACUAUCUGUGGAAUAUUCCGUAUCUCUGUCCACUGCCUCACUUGUCUCCAAGGACUGUGUUCCGAAUGUGACAGACUGUACCACUCCUACCCUGAGAGGGCCAACCACCGUCGAACUGCUGUUGCAUCAUCGUCGUCGUCAUUGUCAUCGUCAUGUUCUUCCGCCUGGCAUUGCUCUCACUGCCAUAAAGUCAACUAUAUCCAGGAUGUGCUGUGUGAGGAUUGUGAGCACCCUCGUUUGGAAUCAGUCAGUUCUACAGCAGAUGAAUCUCAGCCUGCCACAAUCACUGAGUGGCAGUGUAAGAGCUGCACUAUGCUUAAUGCAGCUAGCAGUAUUUUGUGUGAGGUGUGUGAAAGACCUCGUUUGGCAACACGACCUCCAGUUACCCCCUCACACCCUCCCAUCACACCACCCAGACCACCAGCACCUGUCCUGGGCAUGCCUGGUGACCCCGACAGCCAGUGGGUGUGUCAGUUCUGUACUUAUGUGAACUACUCUCCUGCUAUUGUGUGUGAGAUGUGCGACCUGGCUCGUCCAGAGCCUGCACCUCUGCCUGUCAAGCUCCGCCCUCCCUCCCCUGUCAGACGGGUCCCCGCCCUGCCAAUCAAACCCAAAGAGCCUACCCCUGAAGACUUGGACUCCUGGAGGCAGAGGCUGAUGAAGGAGGAGGGGCUGAAGCUGAUUCAAUUGAUUAGGGAUGGGGAGAAGAAAGGAGUCAGUCCAGAGGAGGUGUACACAAGCAUGAGGGUGGCUGGAGACAGCAACAUCCUGCCCUGCAAGUGGUUAAAGACGGAGCUGCCUCUGCUGUUAGACCACAUCAGGAUGUUUGUGGCAACAUCUUCCCUUCAGUCUAUAUCUGACAAAACCCCUCCAGAGCACACAGAUUCUGGGAAUGAGGUAGACCCUACUAAAACAGAAAGUGUAGUCCAACUGUCCAGAGGAGAGGCCAAGCAGGCAUGGCUGACAGCAGGGGGAGACACCGAUAGAGCUGCUGGACAAGCUCUGAGAGACAGACUCGCCAAGGUACAGGAGCUGUAUUCUCUGGGCUUCAGUGAUGAGGCUCACUGUCAUGAGGUUUUGAGACAGAGUGGCGGAGACCUGAGAGGGGCCCUGGCCCUCUUACAGCGCCCCCUUCUGGAGCCCUUUCACGAGCACAUUUGGAGUGACAAGCCAGAGCCUCCUGUUGACAUCCAUCACCCUGACAAACAGCACAUAUGUCGGAGGUUACUUGCAGUGUAUGAUCUUCCUAGCUGGGGCCGCUGUGAGCUGGCACUGUCACUGCUUCUGGAGCAUAGCGCCACCUACUCCCUGGAGGACGUAGUACAGGCUGUACGCGAGUCUCAUGAUAGGGAGUUCAUCAAAAGGGUGCUGGCUAAAGAAUGUCCAAUCUGUCUCUCUGUCUUUCCUCAUAGUAAGAUGCAGUCUCUGACAUCCUGCCAGUGUUCAGUGUGUUGUGGUUGUUUCCAGCAGCACUUCACCAUCGCUGUAAGGGACAAACACAUCAGAGACAUGGUGUGUCCAGUCUGCUGGGAGCCCGACAUCAAUGACCCUGAACACCUCAACAGCUACUUCUCCACCCUGGACAUCCAGCUGCGAGAAUGUCUGGAGCCUGAAGUCUAUGAGCUCUUCCAUAAAAAGCUGACAGAGCAGGCCCUUAUCAAGGACCCCAAGUUCCUCUGGUGCUGCCAUUGUUCAUAUGGCUUCAUCUACGAUGGAGACCAGCUAAAAGUCACCUGUUUUCAGUGUCGUAACAGCUUCUGUGCUCAGUGUAAAAAGCCUUGGGAGUCUCAGCAUGCAGGUCUGUCCUGUGAGCAAUACCAGUCAUGGAAGAGAGAGAAUGAUCCAGAGUAUCAGAGACAGGGCCUGGCUGGAUACCUCCGAGACAACGGCAUCACCUGUCCUAACUGUCGCUUUCAGUAUGCGCUGUCUAAAGGAGGCUGCAUGCAUUUCUGCUGCUCUCAGUGUCGUUACCAGUUCUGCAGUGGCUGCAACAACCCUUUCCAUACUACCUGUGCUGUGGAUGAGUGCAGUGUUUCUGGACUACAUGCCCACCAUCCAAGAGACUGUCUCUUCUAUCUGAGAGACUGGGAACCGUCCAGACUCCAGGCUUUACUGCAGAACAAAGGAGUGGCCUUCAAUACUGAUCCUCCUCCUGGAACACAGACAGGUCUGUGUGGAGUAAUAGAGCAAAAGGAUGAGGGAGGCCAACAACCAGACUCAGCCUGUGGAGCUCAGACUCAACCUGGACAUGCCGGCCUCUGCGAGAAGCAUUACCGAGAGUACCUGGUGAGCCUGAUCAACAACCACUCCCUUGACCCUGCUCCCCUCUACAGCUCCAAUGAGCUGCUGCUGGCCUGCAGGAGGUACAAGGUGGAGGACACAAACAGGGAUGGAGAGGAUGGUUUCACCUACUACAGCAGACUGCUUGAGAAACUGAUGGAAGAAGUACCGCUUGGUGACAAGGUACCACGCAAGAAGUAA